AGAGUUUCGUGUUGAAGUUAAACUAGAGUCCAAGAGCAAAGGAGAGAAAGAAACAGAAUCGAAAGGGAAAACGGAGAAUCGAACAAUCGAAACACGCAUCACAUUCACUUUCCCUCUAAUUUUCUGAAGAACACCGCAACAAUCAAUCGAAUUCUUCAAUCGGAGUUGAAGGAGUCGUCGCUCGCGGUGGUCGGAAUGGGCUCGGAGAAUGAAAUUUCUCCGGCCGAUGGUCACAAGGCUCCCGGCAAGGAGCAGCAAGCCGCCGGCGUCGGAAUCCUUCUUCAGAUCAUGAUGUUGGUCUUGUCCUUCGUUCUCGGUCACGUUCUCCGUCGCAAGAAGAUUUACAUCAUCCCUGAAGCCAGUGCUUCUCUUCUCAUAGGGUUAAUUGUUGGAAUACUAGCUAACAUUUCUGACACUGAAACUAACAUCAGGGCUUGGUUCAAUUUUCAUGAGGAGUUUUUCUUCUUGUUCUUGUUACCUCCCAUCAUAUUUCAGUCUGGCUUCAGUCUCUCACCUAAACCAUUUUUCUCAAAUUUUGGAGCAAUUGUGACAUUUGCGAUAUUCGGCACCUUAUUAGCUUCCGUUGUAACCGGUGUCUUGGUUUAUCUUGGUGGGCUGGUGUUCCUCAUGUAUAGACUACCUUUUGUUGAGUGCCUGAUGUUUGGUGCUCUUAUAUCAGCAACCGACCCCGUUACUGUUUUGUCCAUAUUUCAGGAGCUGGGCACAGAUGUCAAUCUAUAUGCCUUGGUUUUUGGAGAAUCUGUUUUGAACGAUGCAAUGGCAAUUUCUUUGUACAGGACAAUGUCAUUGGUUAAAACUCAUCCAUCUGGACAAAAUAUAUUCAUGGUGAUUGUUCGAUUUUUGGAGACUUUUGUUGGGUCAAUGUCAGCAGGUGUUGGAGUUGGGUUUAUAUCUUCUUUGCUAUUUAAGUAUGCAGGGUUGGAUAUUGACAGCCUUCAGAACUUGGAGAGCUGUCUUUUUGUUCUUUUCCCAUAUUUCUCGUAUAUGCUUGCUGAAGGCCUUGGUCUGUCUGGAAUCGUAUCAAUACUAUUCACAGGAAUAGUCAUGAAGCAUUAUGCAUAUUCAAAUUUGUCACAAAGUUCUCAAAGAUUUGUCUCUGCUUUUUUUGAGUUGAUAUCAUCACUAGCCGAAACAUUUGUAUUUAUAUACAUGGGAUUUGAUAUAGCUAUGGAGCAACAUAGCUGGUCUCAUAUUGGAUUCAUAUUCUUCUCCAUUAUAUUCAUUGGAAUUGCAAGAGCGGCAAAUGUCUUCUCUUGUGCUUAUCUGGUUAAUCUGGCAAGACCAGCUCAUCGAAAGAUACCUGUAAAACACCAGAAAGCACUUUGGUACAGUGGACUUCGGGGAGCCAUGGCCUUUGCCCUCGCUUUGCAAUCAGUUCACGAUCUUCCGGAAGGACAUGGACAGACCAUCUUCACUGCAACUACAGCAAUAGUUGUUUUGACGGUAUUACUGAUUGGUGGUUCAACAGGAACCAUGCUUGAAGCUCUAGAUGUUGUAGGUGGAGACAGUCCAAACGAUAGCCCUUUGGCUUCAAUUGGUUCCGUCCCAGCAAGUUUUGCAACAAAUAAUGUUUAUGAGGGGAACAUUGGUUAUGUUGCUCCUUCAUACGAUGAAGAAUCAUCUUCAUCUGGGAACAAAAUCAAGAUGAAGCUAAAAGAAUUCCACAAGAGUGCUGGGUCUUUUACAGCAUUAGAUAGAAACUACCUUACCCCAUUCUUUACUAGUCAAAAUGGAGAUGAAGCCGAGCCUUUUACUUCUCCAAGAUCAGGAUUUAAUGGCCAGAACCAUUAUUCAUCAUGAUUCGUCCAAAGCACAUGCUGCUUUCAAAAUUUCCUCUGUACAUAACUUCAGUUACGCAAUUUAUAGACAGCUCGUAGAAAUUAGCAUAAUACAAGGUUCAAAUCUACAUCCUGCAUUCCAAGUUGUACGUUUGAGAAUCUCUGGACUAGCGUCAUUAGAUUGGACAACAUCAUCUCUGCAGAAUUACCAUUCCACACAAUGAUUAUAUGCCUCUGCUUUGAAGUUGGAGGUUUUUAAUGUAGAACUGACGACACCUUUAUUUUCAUUUUGACGUUUUUACACGUUUUAUCACCUAGGUAUAGCUCUAUUCAGUUCUGAAAAUUUUAGUUUACUUCAUUAUUGUGACAAUGAUUUUAUUAUAUUACAAAAUGAAUAUAGUUAUGGAGUAAGAAUGAGCUUUAUGCAGGAAGUUAAUGGUCAAGUAUUUGGCAAAUGAGCACAUUACUGAAUACAGGAUUUUCUUCA